AUGCACGACAAGACCGCAGAUGAGGUGCAGGUGCACACCCCUGUCGACAGCGAGCGUGGCACUCUCAAAGAUGUCACCAAUGAUGCACUUCAACUUGCUUCUCUCGGUCAUACCGAAGAACUCGAACGGAACUUCAGUUUGUUUGCCCUGAUCGGCCUGGGUUUCGUCUGCUCCGGCAGCUGGUCCGGAGUGGCUCAAUCUCUGGUAGCUGGUGUCAACUCCGGCGGCCCAGCAGUGCUUGUAUAUGGCGCAAUUGUGAUACCCGGAAUGGUCUUGAUGAUUGUACUGUCGCUGGCUGAGAUGGCAUCGGCAUAUCCUACUACUGCAGGUCCUUUGGAAUGGACAUUCAGAUUGGCACCUCCAAAACAUGCUGCAUUCUUGAGUUGGAUGACCGGCUGGUCCAAUAUGCUUGCUUGGAUCGUUGGCGCUUCUGCAAAUGUCGCCGUCAUGACAUUCCAAGUCGUCUUCCUAGCCAACUUGUACAACCCGAGCUAUGAGUCGAAACCCUGGCAUAUCUUCCUGAUUAUGGAAGCUUUGCUCAUCCUGAACUGCUUGAUGAACGUCUUUGCGACCAGGCUGCUGCCCUUGAUAGACAGAAUCGAGUUUUGGUGGUUCCUCGGCUCGUUCUUCAUCGUGUCCAUCACUGCAGUAGCAGCAGCCAACCCCCACCAACCUGCUAAGUUCGUGUUUGGCACCUUCAUCAACUACACAGGCUGGGAUAAUAGCUUCGUUGUUUUCAUGAAUGGAUUGGUCAUCACCGCUGGUAACUUCUGCGCCCUGGACAGCAUCAGUCAUCUUUCGGAAGAAAUGUCGAACCCCAGUCGAACAGUGCCAAAGGCCAUGUUCCUGACAAUCGGCAUCGGAGCUAUCACUGACUUGUUGGUGAGCAUCUGUCUGAUGUUCUCCGUGGGUCAGGAUCUGGAUGAAUUCUUUAGCAGCGGAGCACCCUACCUGACAAUAAUGCUUACCUCAACCGGCUCCAAGGCUGCCGCGGCAUGUAUCUCGACGAUUCAGCUUGUCAACAAUUUCAACAGCACUACCUCGGUCAUCCAAGUGGGUAGUCGAAUCAUCUGGUCAUUCGCCCGUGAUGGCGGCUUUAUUUUCCCCAAAUUCUUCGCGAAGGUCAACAAAAGCCUUGCCUGCCCCGUACCAGCCGUCAUAAUGUCGUGGGCCAUCGCAGCCUUGGUGUCGGUGCUGUACCUCGCCUCGACCACGGCCUUCAACGCAUUGAUGUCGUGUCUUGUUCUUCUGGGCUACGUUGCUUACUCGAUCCCGAUCGUCUGCCUGAUGUUACGUGGGCGCGUAUAUGACCGAGAAGGUGCCUUCAAGCUCGGCAAGUACGGUUGGGCCAUCAACGGGGCAGCUGUGUUCUUCAUGACGCUCUUGGGUAUCUUCUUCUGCUUCCCGAUCUACUUGCCUGUUACGAAGGACAACAUGAAUUACGCUAGUGUUGUUUCUGUCGGUCUGUUGGUAAUCGCGUGGCUGUUGUGGAUUUUUGUAGGCAAGAAGUCCUUUACUGGUCCUUCUCUUAACGGCAUCCAUAUCAAUGCGGCGCCUGCAGAGACGAAGGAAAAGAUCUGA